CUGUAACUGACCCAGGAUCAGCUUCGCUCGCUCACACUCUGUGUGUUACAGUGAAGGGUCGGUCAGUAGCACUGAUCCAGAGACAGAUUCACAGAGCAGCGGGUUCACCUUCACGCGAGGAUGGCGUCGGCUACCAAAAUUAUCCAGAGACUGAGGAACGUUUUGUCAGGGCACGAUCUCCAGUCCAAACUACAACUUCGGUACACUGAGAUCUCAAAGAGGACUCAGCCUCCAGCUAAACUUCCCGUUGGACCGAGCCAUAAAUUUGCAAAUAACUACUACUGUCAGAGAGAUGGACGCCGAGAGUCUGUUCCCCCAAGUGUGCUCAUGUCUUCACACAAGGCCCUAGCAGCUGGAAGUCUUCUGGAAAGCUCAGACGCCCCGUUACUCCAGGGUCUCCGCUGUAGGACCUCCCACUGAGCGUCGACUAGCUUUACUGUCUAAUAUAUGUGUUAUUCUCAAUAAAGGAUGUGUAUAUAGAAGAAACAUAUUCAGUGCACUCUGUUUAUUCUAUGGGUAAUGGAUUGCUAUAACAAGGAAGUUUAAGUGUUUAUUGGUUUAUCUUGUUUCUUAAAGACAACCCAUCAACACUGAUUUGAGAAGAAUGUCUUUUGUAUAUAUGAAAUAGUAUCUAAAGUGAAAAUUUGUGAUAUUCAUAAAUUAUUCUCCCAAAGAACAUCUGUAUUUAAAGUGUAAUCUAACUUUUGGCUCCUCUAAAAUAUGUAAACAGUAAUUAUGAAACAGCAUUUUGUAUGAAUAAAAAGUUGAAAAGGUAAUUCUGAUUUGGCCAGCUGACAAUAAACUGUACACAUUUAAUUAUAUAAAUUGAUAUAAAGCACAAUAAAAAUAACCCCAAAUAUAAA